AUGUCUGCCUCACCAGAAGCAUCGACAUCCGCACUACAAGAGCGCACUAGUAGCUCACCCAGCCCUGCUCCGUCGGGCCUUGAGACGGAAGCCAAGCAUGACACCGACAGCCAGAAAGACAAGGCGGAAAAGAAUGAAGAAACCCAACAAACCGAAGAACCAGAAACCCACGCAUCCAAGUCGCAACCCGAUGAACCUGAGCACGAUGAAUUGACAUCUGCACCACCACUCCCCGAUGAAGCGCCACCACCACUUCCCACCGAGGCUCCGCCCGCAAAGCCCGAGGACGACGGAUGGGAACCUGCAUGGGAUGCCACCGCAGCGGCAUAUUACUUUUACAACCGCUUCACUGGAGUUUCACAAUGGGAAAACCCCCGCGUGCCAGAGGUCCCAGCAAUCCCAGCAGCGCCCGGCACAGAAGACAGCCAUCAGAGCGCAGCUCCGAAAAAGGAACCAGUCCUCGGUGGCUAUAAUCCCGCGAUCCACGGCAACUACGACCCCACCGCAUCUUAUGCGCAAUACCACGAAGAGCCAGCACAGCCCACGACCGCAGUCGGCUUCGACCCCUCCGCAGCAUAUGCAGCUACCGGCACAUUUAAUCGCUUCACUGGACGAUGGCAAGCGGAGUCAAUCAAUCCAGAAAACCACAAUGAUGAGAACAAGUCUCGGCGGCAGAUGAACGCUUUCUUCGACGUUGAUGCCGCGGCAAAUAGCCAUGACGGCCGCAGCUUGCGCGCUGAGCGCAGUGCUAAGAAAUUGACGAAGCAAGAGUUGAAGCAGUUCAAGGAGAAGCGUCGUGAAAAGAAGGAGGAGAAGAGACGGGCUUGGCUCAGGGAUUAG